AUGUCUUCUCUCCCCUUCAGAUACCACCUUCUCAAACUCCUUCAGAAGUUUGGCAAAGUAAAGCAAUUUGACUUUCUCUUUCACAAGUCUGGUGCUCUGGAGGGGCAGCCGAGGGGUUACUGUUUUGUGAACUUUGAAACCAAACAGGAAGCAGAAAAGGCGAUCCAAUGUCUCAACGGGAAGCUGGCCCUUUCCAAGAAAUUGGUGGUGCGGUGGGCACAUGCACAAGUCAAGAGAUAUGAUCACAAUAAAAAUGAGAAGAUCCUUCCGAUCAGUCUGGAGCCAUCUUCCAGCACAGAGCCGCCCCAGUCUAACCUAAGUGUCAGCGCAAAAAUAAAGGCCAUUGAAGCCAAGCUGAAAAUGAUGGCAGAAAAUCCAGAUGCGGAAUACCCCGCAGCACCUGUUUAUUCUUACUUCAAACCACCGGAUAAGAAAAGGACUACUCCUUAUUCCAGAGCUGCCUGGAAAUCUAGAAGAUGAUGCUUAUGAACGGAUAAUGGUAGCAAGAAACACUGCUGUGUGUACCUGGAGUCCUCCAAUGCUUUUGUACUUUGUAGAGUGAGAAGGAUACCGCCACCCGAGCACACCAGCGCCGUACGUGGCAUGGUGUUUUGUAACACCUUGGGUGCUCUGCCGAAUGCUCCUUACUGCCAGCGCGGCUUCGCAGCUGAACGCUGUUCAGAAAAGUAGGUUCCCUUCAAAGCCUCUGAUGAACGCGCAGACAACCUCUCGUUAGCGUGCAUUCAUUAGCAAGAUUAAAAACAGUAACCAGUCUGUGGAGUAAAGCACAUCCAAAAAUACUCCAUUUAACUGAUUACUUUUAAAAAUAUUUUUUUGAACAAAAAGUAUUCCAAUUUGUGUUUUUAAUGGAGGGGAAGCACUUGGUUUUGAUUAACGUUCUGUAGCUAACCAUGGAACACUUUUUCAUCUCAAUAAAAUUCAUUUUAAAUAGAUUUUGCAACA